AUGACGCUGGAAAACUACAGAUUCCCAUCCCACCGGCUCUUGCGACAGCAGAGAACACCCGACCGUACUCCGUUGGUGCUCGUCGCUUGCGGUAGUUUCUCUCCCAUCACCUACCUUCAUCUUCGCAUGUUCGAGAUGGCCAACGACUACGCUCGCAUAAAUACCCAGUACGAGGUUGUAGGAGGCUACCUCAGCCCCGUAUCCGACGCAUAUAAAAAGGCUGGCCUGGCAGAGGCGCACCACAGAGUGCGCAUGUGUGAAUUAGCAGCAGAAGAGACAUCAAGUUGGCUGAUGGUCGAUCCGUGGGAGGCUAUUCAGCCCGAAUACACGCCGACUGCCAAGGUGCUAGAUCACUUCGAACACGAAAUCAACCACAAUCUAGGCGGUGUUUUAUCCGAGGAUGGUAAAUCUCGAAAGCCGGCCAAGAUCAUGCUGCUUGCGGGCGCAGAUCUCAUCGGCACCAUGUCUACUCCCGGCGUAUGGGCCGAAAAGGAUCUUGCCCACAUCUUGGGUAACUACGGCGCCAUGAUCGUCGAGAGGAGCGGGACGGACAUUGAUGAGGCGCUCGGCAACCUGAAGCAGUGGGAAGAUAACAUUCACGUUCUCACGCAGAUGAUACAGAACAACGUGAGCAGUACUAAGAUUAGGCUCUUCCUUAAGAGGGAUAUGAGUGUACAAUAUUUGAUUCCAGCAACUGUUAUUCAGUACAUCGACCAGCACAAGCUUUACACCGACAACGACGAGGCGAAGUCCAAAGGCAAGGAAAAGCAAUAA